AUGGACAGAAAGAAGUUAUUAUUUGAAAGCAAUUUGAAAAAUAAUUGUUAAGAUCUUAUGGCUGGUAUAAGAGAAACAAAAGCUAAAGUAAAUGAAAUCCGUUCUAGGUGUGAUUCUAUAAAAAGAGGAAGUUCAAAGUAAUUUAUUCAUUCAUCAAUAGAUAACCUUAUGAAGUAAAUAAUAAGUCUUAUGAAAUAUCAACUAAAACAAGUGGAAGUUUUAUAAAUAUCAAAGAUAAUGAUGUUUCUUAUUUAAAAAAGAAAAUUGAAGAAUUACAAUUUAGAAUAGAUUCAUAAGACUCAAAAUUAAAGGCAAGAGAGAAGGAGAUUGUUUAUUAAUAAUCUCAAAUCAAAUAAUUUGUACUUGAGAUUAAUGAAAUUUAAAUAAUUGAAGACAAUUAUAAAGAAGAGAUAUCAGUUUUGAAUAAGGAAUUAUCAUAAUGGAAAGAAAAAUAUUUUGCAAAUCUCAAAGAAUACCAAUUUCGUUAAGCUCAAUAAUCUCGAUAAUAAUAAUAAGAGCAAGGUCUAAUGAGAAAGAAAUAUGAAGAAAUAAUUGAAUAAUAAUAAAGAGAAAUAGAAUCUAUUGAAAUUAGGUUUGAAAAUGAGAGGGAAAGUUUAUAUAGAUAACUUGAGAUAUAAAAUAAAACUUAGUAUAAAAACAAUGAAUUAAAUGUAAAUAAUAAUAUAAUAUUAUUAGGAAAUUAUAAUUCAAUUAGAAGAAAAAGAAAAUGAAAUUCAUAAAUUAAAAGAAAAGAUUUAAGGAUUGGAGACAAAUAAGGAAGAAUUAAAAUUACAACUAUAAUAAUAGACAUCUAAAUUGAAUGAAUAAAUCAAUAAAAAUAAUUAUGUAUCAUCUCUAUUCAUUAAAAUAGAUUGAAUAAUAAAGGAAUCAAGAAAUUUAAAAUAUUUAAUUACAAAUACAAGCAAAAGAUAAACAAAUUAAAAGUUUAUUAAGUCAAAUAGGAGAACAGAGAAAUAAGACUAAUAUAUAAGAUUAAGAGAAAUUACAAUAAUUAGAAAAUUUAAAUAAUCAACUAGUUUAAGAGAUAAAUUUAUUAGAAGGAGAAGUUGCAAAAUUGAAAUAAUAAGCAAAAGAUUUUUAGAAAGUACCAUCAUUAGAAAAAGAGAAUGAAAAUCUUUAAAUGAUUAUUUAAGAUUAAAAAUAAUAGAAUCAUGAUAUAAAAUAAUAACUUAAAUAAUUUUAAGAAGAAAUUAAUUAAUUAAAAGGAUAAGACUAGAAUAAAUCUAAUACAAUAUAAUUAGAAUAAGAAAUUAAAUAUUAUGCAAGAUUAUUAAGUGAAUUAUAAGAAGAAAAUGGUAAACUAUAAAAUUAAUUGAUGGAUUAUGAAGAAAUAAAUGAAGAAUUGAUAAUAUUGAAAAAGAAUAAUGAAGAAUUAUUAUAAUAAUAAAAUAAGGAAUUUAAAAUCAUAGAAGAUAAAUCUUUAAAAAUUAAAUAAUUAGAAUUAGAAUUAACUUAAUUAAGAUAAUAGAAUUAAAUGAAUUAAAAUUAAAUUUAAUAAGAAUCAUUAAUAGAAGAAUUGAAUAAAAAAAUAGAAUAAUUAAAUUUGAUAAAUAAAGAAAAAGAAGCUGAAAUAUAAUAUUAAUAAGAUUUGUUAUUAAAAUAAAAUUUAAAUUCAAAGGAUUUUGAUAAAUUAAUAACAUAAUAAAAAGCUGAAAAUAAAGAGUAUCAAAUAUAAAAUAAUUAAUUGACAAAUCAAAUAGUAUUAUUAUAAAAAUAAAAUUAAGAAAAUUUGGAGGAAUUACAAAAAUGUUAAAUGGAGAUUGAAUUAUUAAAUAAGACAAAUGAAGAUAAUUAAAAAAAAAUUAAUAAUUUAGAAAAAGAGAAAUAAUAAAUAUAAAAUAGUUUUGAUCAUCAUUUAAAAGAAAUAUAAAAAAAGGAUGCUGAAAAAUUAUCAAACUUUACUUAAUUAGAAAAUGAAAAUGCAAAAUUAUAUUAAUAAAGAAAUAAAUUAUAAGAAAGAAUUGGAGAAUUAGAAGAAGCUGCAAAUUAAUAAUCCAUUGAAUUAAUUAAUCUUAAAUAAUAAAAUUAAGAACUUUUAAAUCAAUUUAAAGUUAUUUAAUCACAAUUAGAAACAUAAAAUUCUCAUUUAAUUAAUAAUAAUGAAGAAGUAUAAAAAUUAAAUUUCUAAUGUCAGGAAUAAUAAAAUAUUAUAAAUGAAAAAGAAUAGUUCAUUAUAUAAUUAUAAUCAUAGAAUCAAGAAUUAGAAUUAUAAAUACAAAAAUUAAUUAUUGAAAAUCAAGAACAAUAAGAAUCUAAAAAUUAAUAAUAAUUAGAGAGAAUUUAAGAGUUAUAGUAAAAUUUAGAGACUCAAUAAGAUGGAUAAGAUUAAGAAACAUUAUUAUAUGAAAUUGAAUUAUUAAAACAAAAAAAUUAAGAAUUAGAAAAUUAACUUAAUUUAUAAAUUGAUGAUGAUGCAGAAGAAAUAGAUAAAUUGGAAAAAGAACUAUAUUAAUAGAAAUAGAAUAAUAAUGAAUAAAAAUUAAAUUUAGAAGAAUUAUAAACUUAAAAAGAUGAUUUAUAGAAAAGAAUUGAAGAGAAGGAUGAAGAAAUAGAAAGAUUUAAAUAAAUUAUAUUUGAAUAUUAAGAAUAAUAAGAUGAAUCAAAAAAAUAAAUAGAAGAUUUAUAUAACAAUUAAAAAGAAUUAGCAAUAGAAUUAAGUGAAAAUUAAAAAAUUAUUUAAGAUUUAGAAAUAACAAUAGUUGAAAAAGAAGAAUAAAUUAAGAAUCUUUAAUAAUAAGUACCUUAAAAUGAUUAUAAUAAUGAGGAUACAGAAUUACUAAUAUCUUAAAUAAAGUAAUUUAAAGAAUAAAUUGAAGAUUAAAAAUAAACAAUAAUAUAAUUAGAAUAAUAAAUUAAAAAUAAUGAUGCUUAAUUAAAAUAGAGAAUAUAUGAAAACAGAUAAAUCAAUUUAUAAGCAGAAUUAAUUGAGAUUAAAUUAACAAGAGAAAUUGAAGACUUAAAAAAUAAAGCAUUUGAAGCUAUAUAAUAAAAAGUGAAAUAUGAGAAUGAACUAUUAAAAUUUUAAUAAAUAUCUUAAAAAUAAAUAGAAUUAUCUAGAAUAGAACCAAAUAAUUAAUAAGGUACAUAUGAAAAUGAAGAUUUAAGUAAUAUUGCUUUGGGAAAAGCACCAGAACCUGAAGAUAAUGAAGAAGAAUAUUCAUAGAGUUUUGAAGAAUUUUAAGAGGAUCUUGAUAAUAAAGAAUAAGAAAAAUAAGAAGAUUUAUAAGAACCAUAGAUUAAUAUAGUAUAAAUUGAAGAGGUUUAAUAAAUAGAAUUAGAUAAUUAAUAAGAAAAUGAGGAGGUCUUUGAAUUGAAGAAUGCACAAUAAUAAGAUUAAAAUUCAGAUAAUGAAUUAUAAGAGCAAAUAGAUGAGAUCAUUUCAAAUAAUUAAUAAUAAUAAAUUGAAUUAGAUGAAAAACCAAAAGGUUAAUCUGAAAUUCAUUAAAAGUAUGAAACAGAGGAUUUAUUAGAACUUGAAGAACCUGAAGUUAAAAUUGUAUAAAUGAUUUAAUAACCAUAAAUUGAAUUAGAUUAACAAAAUAACAAUCAAGAUAUUUUAUAAGUUGAUAAUGCAACUGCAGAAGAUAUCGAUUUAGGAGAAAAUAAUAUUCCAUUUUAAUAGGAGCAUAAUAAUAAUUCUAAAGUAGAAAUUCAAAAGGACAAGCCUUAAGUUGAAUAAGAUCUUUUAAAUUUAUUAGAUCUUUAAGAACCUGUAAUAGAGAUAGUUUAAAAUUAAUAAUAUGUUUAAUUAGAAUUAGAUUAAGAAAAUUUUGAAUUUAAAGAACCUGAAGUUCAAAUAUAAUAAAUUGAAGAAGAAUUUGAAAUAUAAUUAGAUAAGAAACCUUAAGAAUUUAUUGGUUAAUAUUUAGAAGAAGAAGAAGUAUAAUAAGAAGAAUAGGAAUUAAAAAAUGAUUCAUAAUUAGAAUGA